AUGUUACUGCGGUAUUAUCAUACGAAAUUAAUGCAUGCUGGUCCCCAGCUAUUAUUGAGCACAGUACGCCUCCGAUAUUGGCCUCUUGGAGGCAGAAACGUAGCAAGGGAAAUUUGUCAUCAGUGUAUUCGGUGCUACCGAACAAAACCAGCGGCCAUUCAGCAGUUUAUGGCUGAGUUGCCAUCGGUCAGAGUCGCACCAACCAGGCCAUUUCUAACGACAGGAGUGGAUUAUUUCGGACCUAUUUAUGUGAGAGCGGGUUAUCGGAAAGCAACGGUGAAGGCGUAUGCAGCAGUCUUCGUGUGUUUCUCUACAAAGGCUACACAUUUGGAGCUUGUUACUGAUCUCUCCACAGCUCGCUUCAUUCAGGCUCUACGACGAUUUAUUUCGAGACGAGGGAAAUGUGCCAACAUCCACUCGGAUAAUGGCACCAACUUUGUAGGUGCCAAGAACCAGAUGAAGGAACUGUUGACAAAAUUGAGAACCAAGGAACAUCACGACAUGGUGGCUAAGGAAUGCACGGAUAACGGAAUGCAGUGGCACUUCAUCCCACCCGGAGCACCACACUUCGGCGGCCUGUGCGGUACGGCCGGCGAAGCAUCAUCUACUGAAGAAUGUUGCCUGAACUCCAGGCCUUUGACUCAGCUUUCUGAUGAUCCUGGAGAUCUUCAGCCUUUGACUCCGGGACAUUUUUUGGUGGGCUCGUCUCUCCAUGCUUUACCUGACGAGGACUACACUCACAUAAACUUUGGUAGAUUGAACCAAUGGGAAAUAGUACAGCGACGCCUUCAAGACUUCUGGAAGCGAUGGAGAACCGAGUACUUGACUCAACUACAAGGUCGAAGCAAGUGGUGGAAGGCACCUGUAGGAGUGAACGUCGGUCGUCUUGUAGUUAUACGAGAGGAUAAUGUACCACCCAUUCGAUGGAGAAUGGGACGAAUCAUCGAGAUACACCCAGGAACGGAUGGCGUUGUGAGGGUGGUUUCUCUCAAGACAGCCAAUGGAAUUAUACAGAGACCGGUUCAGAAAAUCUGUUUGCUGCCAUUAACGGAUACGGAUUUAACCCAGACUGAAGAGGAUACUCUGAAACUCCGGUCGCUUCAGGGGGGGCAGGAUGUUGGUGAGCGAAAUUAA